AUGGAAAGUAAGAACAUUUUUUUCUCGAGCUUCGGACAAAUCGAGGAGGAGGUGGUGGUCGGGAUCGAUGAGGCGGGCAGAGGUCCUGUGGUUGGGUACAUGGUGUAUGGUGCAUUGGUUGUUCCAAGAGGUGUGCUGGAGGAUGUGGGAUUCAAGGACUCGAAGGUCCUAACGCCUGCACAAAGAUACAAUUUCUUCCAGAUGAUAAAGAAGAAGGGCUUUGGAUAUGCUUACCAUUGCAGCCAUCCGGACUACAUCACAGAAAUGAUGCAAGUAAGGUCUGUAAGCCUAAACGAGGUGUCGAUUGGAUCUGUUCUAAGAAUCCUUGACGAAGUACAAAGCAAGUGCAGAAGAGUAGAUACCAUCUAUGUGGAUGCACUGGGUGAUUGUAGGAAGUACAAGGAAAGGCUUGAAAAGGACUAUCCAUACAGAUUCGUGGUAGAAGAACGGGCAGACUCGAAGUUUCAGGUUGUCUCUGGAGCCAGCAUAGUUGCCAAGGUCCAGAGAGACAUGCUGAUUUCAGAGUUUGGGGAAGACCUCGGGUCUGGAUAUCCAAGUGACCCAGAAACAAUUAGAUGGCUCAGAAAAAACAUCAAUGUGGUCUUUGGAUUUCCGCCCGGGGUCAGGUACUCAUGGGCUACAGUCAAGAAAAUGCUUGGGGAGAGAAAGUCGAGACCACUCAAGGGAGCCUUAAGCGGGUUCUAUCUCGAUAGCACCUAA